AUGGAUGAAAAUGACAAUGACUUUGAGAGAGCCAUUGCCUUGAGCCUCCAGGACCACACUGAAUCAAGCAGUGGGCCAAUAACCUUAAACGAAGAUGAAGCCUUGUUUCAGCAGCAAUUGCAACAUGCUAUCGAAAUCUCGAAAGCCAAUGUUCAAAGAGGAGAGGUUGCACAACCUUCCGCAUCGACGAAUACCUUCUUAUCUGAGCGUGCCCAGCUGGAGAAAGAGAGAAGGGAACGUCAGAAGAGGCUUCGGAAAGCACAAGGCCUUCCUGACAGUGACGAUGAUCUCCGGGCAGUUAGUGACGAGGAGGACUUAGGACAACCGAACGCCAAGAGGCAACGUCUUUCGUCGUCAUCAGUAUCAUACAUUGGUCAAACUAAUGUUCGGACCAGUACGGUCCCCUCCAGCUCCGAACUUGGUCCCAUCCAGGGUUCAUUCUUCUGGGACGGGGAGUGGCGUCCAACUGCCACUCUCGGCGUUGAACCUCGAAAGGAUGGAAGGUCUACUUUCAGAUUGUCAGAAGUUUUGGGCGAUAAAAGUGACAUCUCUUUCGCUAUUUUAUCAUCCUUUGCCCUGGAUAUUCCUUGGAUAUACAGCUUGUUUGAUCCAUCUUCCCCUGUUAUCGUGGUCGCUCAGCCAGAUUCCAAUGGAAAAGCUAGUGUCAAGAAUGCACUCCCAAAUUGGAUCAAAACAACGCCUUUUCUCAGGGGCGGAUAUGGUUGUAUGCACAUGAAGAUUUUCUAUAAAACAGGUCGCCUGCGGGUAGUCGUCUCUACCGCAAAUCUCAUACCGUACGACUGGCGGGACAUCGAAAAUGCUGUCUGGCUUCAAGAUCUCCCCCCACUGCCGAAAGAAGCACCGUUUAAUAGACAAGACAACGAGUCUUUUCCAUCUGUAAUGAAACGAGUACUGGAUGCUGUCAACGUAAUGCCAGCUCUUUCCACUAUGUUAAAGCAAGAUCAUCCCAAUCUUCCGAUCAAAACAACGGAACAAAUAUGUACACGAUGGGAUUGGUCUAAUGUGAAAGUGAAUUUGGUCCCCUCGAUUGCUGGAAAGCAUGAAGGAUGGCCUAAUGUCAUCCUAACUGGGCAUGUAAGGCUCAUGAAAGCCGUGCGCAAUAUGGGUUUUCGAACAGGAAAGGGGCCAAAGGAGAAAACACUCGAGUUGGAAUGUCAGGGCUCCAGCAUUGGAUCAUACACUACCCAGUGGAUUAACGAAUUCUAUCAUUCAGCCAAAGGUGAAUCAGCGGAGGACUGGCUAGACAAACCCAAAAGUCGGAGAGAGAAACUCCCAUAUCCUGUGGAAGUAAAGGUGUUAUUUCCUACUUUAGCGACAGUACGGAGUAGUCAACAUGGGGAGCGCGGAGGUGGAAACCUGUUUUUCCAACGAUCUUAUUGGGAGGGCAAGAAAUUUCCUCGCCAACUGUUCUACGACUCGAGGAGCAAAGCGGGUAAAACGCUCAUGCACACCAAGAUGAUUGUGGGCAACAUCUCUCAAAAUGUGGCUACAAAGGAACCCCAAAAAGAAGUUAUCAACAUAGACACUGAUUCCGAAGACAGCGACAGCGGCGAAGAGGUUGAGGUUGUCGACGCUAACGUUGGUUGGAUUUACCUAGGCUCACACAAUUUUACUCCUUCCGCUUGGGGGACGCUUUCUGGAUCAGCGUUCAAUCCUAUCAUGAAUAUACGUAACUACGAGCUCGGAAUAGUGCUUCCGCUCAAGGACAUGGCGGAGGUCGACAAUUUGGCCUGUUUCGAGAGGCCGCCGAGAAAGUACGGUCCAGAUGAUUCCCCAUGGAUCCAAGAAGAAUCGAUAUAUUUCAAGCCACGUUCGUCGUGA